AUGUACUUCAACUCCAUCGCCCUCACCACCACCGCCCUGCUGGCAGGCUCCAGCAUGGCCUCUCUCCUCUGGGAUGGUCGCUUCACCAGCACUUCCGCCGCAGACAUCAGCAAAUGGUCUUGGGAAAACCAAGUCGGCGCCUACCAAUACUACAUCCACGGCUCCGGUGCCGCUACCGACUACAUCAACAUCAGCCCCGACUAUGCCAACCCCGCCGACUCCUCGUCUUCCGAGGGCGCACGUAUCACCGUCGACGGCACUUCAUCCUGGAACGGCCAAACCAUGAUGCGCACAGAACUGAUCCCAAGCACCAAAGCCGCCAUCAACAAGGGCAAAACAUACUACCACUUCAGCCUCAAACGCAGCACCGAAAACGCCCCAGACACCACCGCCGAGCACCAAAUCGCCUUUUUCGAGUCUCACUUUACAGAGCUCAAAUACGGUGUUGAUGGCAGCAAUGGAAAGCUGCAAUGGAUGACUGACGGCAAGUCUGCCUUUGACAUGGAUUUCGUGGCUGAUCAAUGGCAUAAUGUGGCCUAUGGCAUUGACUUUGACGCCGGCACUGUAGAGUUCUUCCACUCUACUGGUGGUGAUGCGUUGGUCUCUAAGGCUGGACCCAUCAAGGCUUCGGUCAGCAGCAAUGGAGCUGAUUGGCAUGUGGGUGUGCUCAAGUUUUCAAAGACAAAGGAGGAUUGGUUCUUCAGUGGUGUGUACAUUGAAGAUGGCGAGCUUACUACUGCUGUGGGGGGUGGUGCUGCAGCUCCGGCGAAGUCUUCGGCUGCCGUGAGCAAGGCUCCUGUUACCACUUCUUCCUCUUCCUCGGUUGCUGCCGUCAAGACCACUUCCUCCAAGGUCGUGUCUUCCAUUGCGACUACAGUAAAGAGCUCUGCUAGCGCUGUUCCUACUACGCUGCAGACUAGCGUCAAGGUUGUUCCUACUUCGACUGCUGCUGCCCAGCCUGCUCCCACUGCGACUUACGGUGGUAGCUGCGCUGUCGAGUACGUCUACGUCUAG